GAGCAGCCUGCUCAGCCGGGUCCCCUGCGCCCCACAAAACCACCGGAAGAGGAUGUGAAACUCAGGCAGAGUGAGUGCUGGUGUGGCUCUGUGUCAGGGCAGCAUACUGGGCCCCCGCCACCCCACCACAGCCAGGGGACCCGAUGUGCGUGCAGACCGGCUCCAGAGCCCCUGCGCAGCCCUCUCUGCUCCCAGCCCCUGUCAGCCCCCUUGCAGCCAGGGGCAGGACGUCCAUCCGGCCAGGGGCCUGCAGGAGCUGCACGCAGGAGAUCGGCGAGGAGCUGGUCAACGGGGUCAUCCAUUCCAUCUCCCUGCGGAAGGUGCAGGCACACCACGGCGCCAACAAGGGCCAACGCUGGCUCGGGUGUGAAAAUGAGUCAGCCCUGAACCUGUACGAGACCUGCAAGGUGCGGACGGUGAAGGCCGGCACGCUGGAGAAGCUGGUGGAGCACCUGGUGCCCGCCUUCCAGGGCAGCGACCUCUCCUACGUCACCAUCUUCCUGUGCACGUACCGAGCCUUCACCACCACCCAGCAGGUGCUGGACCUGCUGUUCAAAAGCAGGUACGGUAGAUGUGAUGCCCUCACGGCCUCCUCUAGAUACGGAUGCAUCCUUCCUUAUUCUGACGAGGACGGCGGACCCCAGGACCAACUGAAAAAUGCCAUCUCUUCCAUUCUGGGCACCUGGCUGGACCAGUACUCGGAGGACUUCUGUCAGCCCCCAGACUUUCCCUGCCUCAAGCAGCUGGUGGCCUAUGUGCAGCUCAACAUGCCUGGUUCUGACCUAGAGCGCCGUGCCCAGCUUCUCCUGGCCCAGCUGGAGCACGCAGAGCUCACGGAGGCCGAGCCCGAGGCUCUGUCGCCAGCUCCAGCGCCGCUUCUAAAACCAGCUCCGGAACUAGAGCCGGCUUUGGCACCUGAGUCAGAACCAGAGCUAGAGCCGGCUCCAACACCGGCUCCAGAACCAGAGCUACAGCCGGCUCCGGAACCGGCUCCGGAACCGGCUCCAGCCCCAGCUCCGGAACUAGAGCCGGCUCUAUCGCAAACUGUAGACCUAGAGGCAGCUCCGGUGCCCGAGCCUCCCUGGCCGUCACCUGUGGCUGCAGAAAAUGGCCUGAAUGAGAAGCCUCACCUCUUGGCCUUCCCUCCCGACCUGGUGGCAGAGCAGUUCACACUGAUGGAUGCGGAGCUGUUCAAGAAGGUGGUGCCCUACCACUGCCUGGGCUCCAUCUGGUCCCAGCGGGACAAGAAGGGCAAGGAACACCUGGCUCCCACUGUCCGCGCCACGGUCACCCAGUUCAACAGUGUGGCCAACUGCGUCAUCACCACCUGCCUGGGGGACCGGACUGUGACGGCCCGGGACAGGGCCAGGGUGGUGGAGCACUGGAUCGAGGUGGCCAGGGAGUGCCGUGUCCUCAAGAACUUCUCGUCUCUCUACGCCAUCCUGUCGGCCCUGCAGAGCAACUCCAUCCACAGGCUGAAGAAGACGUGGGAAGAAGUUUCCAGGGACAGCUUCCGCAUCUUCCAGAAGCUGUCGGAGAUUUUUUCGGAUGAGAACAACUACUCACUGAGCAGAGAGCUGCUCAUCAAGGAGGGCACCUCCAAGUUUGCCACCCUGGAGAUGAACCCCAAGAGAGCCCAGAAGCGGCCAAAGGAGACGGGUGUCAUCCAGGGCACCGUUCCCUACCUGGGCACCUUCCUCACAGACCUGGUGAUGCUGGACACCGCGAUGAAGGACUAUCUGUAUGGGAGACUGAUCAACUUCGAGAAGCGGAGGAAGCCCCCCGGGCCACACCCAGCACCGCAUCCAUCCCAUCACUGUCCCGUCCUUCCCUCUGGGCCCCAGGAAUUCGAAGUGAUUGCCCAGAUCAAGCUGCUCCAGUCGGCCUGCAACAAUUAUAGCAUCACACCCGAGGAGCACUUUGGGGCCUGGUUCCGGGCCAUGGAGCGACUCAGCGAGACGGAGAGCUACAACCUGUCGUGUGAGCUGGAGCCCCCCUCCGAGUCGGCCAGCAACACCCUCAAGGCCAAGAAGAACGCGGCCAUCGUCAAGCGCUGGAGCGACCGCCAGGCCCCCAGCACAGAGCUCAGCAGCAGCGGCAGCUCCCACUCCAAGUCCUGUGACCAGCUCAGGUGCGGCCCCUACCUCAGCAGCGGGGACAUCGCCGACGCACUCAGCGUCCACUCGGCCGGCUCCUCCAGCUCCGACGUGGAGGAGAUCAACGUGAGCUUCGUCCCGGAGUCCCCCGAUGGUCAGGAAAAGAAGUUCUGGGAGUCGGCCUCCCAGUCGUCCCCGGAGACCUCCGGCAUCAGCUCGGCCUCCAGCAGCGCGUCCUCCUCCUCAGCCUCCACCACGCCCGUGGCUGCCACGCGCACCCACAAGCGCUCCGUCUCAGGGGUCUGCAGCCACAGCUCCUCACUGCCCCUCUACAACCAGCAGGUGGGCGACUGCUGCAUCAUCCGCGUCAGCCUGGAUGUGGACAACGGCAACAUGUACAAGAGCAUCCUGGUAACCAGCCAGGACAAGGCUCCCGCCGUCAUCCGCAAGGCCAUGGACAAACACAACCUGGAUGAGGAUGAGGCCGACGAAUACGAGCUCGUGCAGGUUAUCUCCGACGACCGCAAGCUGAAGAUCCCGGACAACGCCAACGUGUUCUACGCCAUGAACUCUACUGCCAACUAUGACUUUGUCCUAAAGAAACGGACCUUCACAAAGGGGGCAAAGGUCAGGCAUGGCGCCAGCUCGACUCUCCCUCGCAUGAAGCAGAAAGGGCUCAGGAUCGCCAAGGGCAUCUUCUAACUCAUCCCCGGUGCUGGCCCGCCACAGGGACCCCUCUUGCAGGGUCCGGCUGCCUGGGUAACUGAGCACUUCCGGACUCCGGUGGCCCAGGCCAGGCGGGCACCCUCUGCCCAACCCGCCAGCUCAGGCCACCCCCAGACUCGUUUCACCCUCAACGUCUCCCGCUGCCGGGAUUGACGCCUGCUGCUUGACAGGCUGACCUGGCCUCCUGUGGACCACUCGCCGCCUUAGGUGCCUUCUGCUCUCCGGAACCGGAGGACCAGCUGACUUUGGCCGAGGAGCGCCGUCGGUGGGCACGGAGCCCCGCGUGCCGCCGGGCACUGCCCUCUGUGCGCUGCCCCUCACACCUGCUCAGGUGUGGGUCACUGCCACCUGUGCCCGUGGGCACCCCAGGGCACCUGCUCAUCCACUGGGUCUGACCACUGCAAUUCUCUCCUCCGCCCGCGGGCAUCGGCCGUGUCCUUCUGCCUUCUGGGGUCCCGGCCCCUCUUGGCCACCACACUAGCCUUUCCCGGGCCGCACCAAAGAUCCCACCGUCGGGGCCAGCAGAGUGAAGGAGUCUCGCCCACCCCCUGCCCAGCCCUCCCCCAGGAGGUUGGGGUGGGGGGGAAGCCUCUUCACAGAUCACACUCUUCACCCGGUGAGUGAGGACGGUCUCAGACGAGUACCGUUGACACUGAAUCUCACGACACCGCGGGUGCCGCUCACUCCCACGCCCUGGGCUUCACGAGACCGCACGAGACGGGGGUUAGUGGGAAAGAAGGAUUUGGGGGAAGGGCAGGGGUGUUGAAUAUUUGUAUAAAAGGCAAAAACAAAACAAAACAGAAAAAGUUUACCAGUUGGGGAGGGGCAAUAUUUAUUUGUUGUAAAUAGCAAAUGCUAGACUUGAAUAUUCUAUUAAAAUCCAGUUUCUACUAUA